AUGGAUGACUUUGGCUCUCAAGUUAGCAGUCUCCUUGGUUACGAUAGCUCGAUCAACUCAUCCAACUUAAUUUUGUCAUCCGAAAACAUUGCUUUUAGGGUAGACCGCUUGAAAAACCUGAAACAGAAGUUAGACGUUGACUUCUCUCAAUAUGGCGCAACACUCGUUGUUCGUGGUUCAGUACUUUCGGACAGUUUAGAAAUUCGUAGGUCAACCAUUGUCUACAGAACACUCCAGAAUGUUCUUCGACUUCCAGUGAUUGGAUCCAGACAUCUUCAGAACGGCGAUGGAAAGCUGCGAAAGAGCGGUCCAAACUCGUCAUCAGCCGUACUUAAAACUUAUUUCUGCCAUAGACUGCGCAUGCUCACUCUUCUUUCCGGUGCUUACUUGUGUGGUAUUCCUCUUGUGAUGGAAGAAAGUGAAGAGUUUCCGAUCAACAAUGUUAUUUCACCUGUUCGUUGCCAUUGCUGUGUUCUACGUUUUCAUUAUCCUGGCCGAUUAUUUGGGAAAGCCGAAGGAGCUAAGCACAACAAAUGCAGUAUUACCCCAUUAUUUCCUGCUGUCUGUGUUAUUCUGGAAGCUAUGUCAUGGUGUUAUCUUGUUGGCAAGAAAUUCUGGCAUCAAAAAAAAAAUGGUUUUACGCUCUGGGAUGAGGUACUCCAAUUCCAAUCGUGGCGAUCUCUCUGGCAGCAACUGGAACCAAGUCUUAUGCAGCGAAAAACUGUUGGCUUACAACAGAACGUUGUCUCAUUUACUGGGCAUUUGUUGCUCCAGUUGCGGUGGUUGUAUUAAUCAACUCAGCCCUUCUCAUUUUCUUGCUUCGUCAAAUAAACAGAGCUAGAAAAUCCAAAACCAGCA